GUAAAUUCACGUCCACCCUUAAGACGCGUGGGGUCAAGUAUUUGUGAACAACCAGUUCUCCGCUUUUGUCGGUCUAAACACAAAUCCUUCAUUAAGAACAACACCACCCUCUACACACACAAAAACUCUCUCAUAAAAAUGCCAUCUUUCUCUUCUUCUACAUCUUCAAAUUAGGGAUAAUUGCAGAGAAUUAAUUCAGGCAAAAUCGUACAAUUGAAGCUCUCUACCCACAUUCGUCGGGGGGCAAUUUCAUUUCAAUUCAAUUCAGCCACCUCCCUCCCCUUUCAUCUUAAAGGGGGGGUGUUGGAACUUCGAAUUGAAAUAUUUAGGUUUUCUAAUUGGCGCAUUGUUCGAUUUGAUUCUGUUUUUUUGUUUUUUUUUGUUGUUUUUAGCUGUCGAUAAUGGCGGAUACGUUGAAGAAAUACAUCACAUCUGAUGAAUUGAAGAAGCACACCGACCCGGACGAUUUGUGGAUUUCGAUCCAGGGCAAGGUUUACGAUGUGACGGAGUGGAAGAAAAUCCACCCCGGCGGCGAUAUCCUUCUCCUGAAUCUCGCCGGACAAGACGUCACCGAUGCGUUCAUCGCCUUCCACCCAGGUACUGCCUGGAAAUAUCUCGACAAUUACUUCACCGGCUAUUACCUCGAGGAUUUCCAGGUUUCCGAGGUUUCCAAGGAUUACCGGAAACUCGCGACUCAGUUCGCCAAAUCCGGGUUGUUCGAGAAGAAAGGGCACGGAACCGUGAUCUCACUCUGCUGCUGUUUCCUUAUGCUGAUGGCGUGUUUCUACGGCGUGUUGUGCACCGACAGUUUCCUGAUCCACAUCAUCUCCGGCGGUUUGCUCGGGUUCACCUGGAUCCAAGUCGCCUACCUGGGUCACGAUUCGGGUCAUUACCAGAUUAUGAAGACCCGCGGCUUCAACAAACUGACCCAGAUUCUAACCGGCAACUGCCUCACCGGCAUCAGCAUUGCGUGGUGGAAGUGGACACACAACGCCCACCACAUCGCCUGCAACUCCCUCGAUUACGACCCGGAUCUCCAGCACCUACCCGUUUUCGCCGUCUCGACGACCCUGUUCGAUUCCAUCAGAUCCCAUUUCUACGGUAGAGAGCUCACGUUCGAUUACCUCUCUCGAUUCUUCGUCUGCUACCAGCACCUCACGUAUUACCCGGUCAUGUGCGUCGCAAGAUUCAAUCUUUAUCUCCAGACAUUCUUGCUCCUCUUCUCCAAGCGAAAAAUCCCAGACAGAGCAUUGAACAUACUCGGAAUCCUCGUAUUCUGGACAUGGUUCCCUCUCCUCGUCAUGUGCCUCCCGAACUGGACCGAAAGGGUGCUCUUCGUACUCGCCAGCUUCUGCGUCUGCGCAAUCCAGCACGUCCAAUUCACACUAAACCAUUUCGCAGCGAACGUGUACGUCGGAUCGCCAAAGGGAAACGAUUGGUUCGAGAAACAGACGAGUGGGACAAUCGACAUCGCUUGCUCGCCUUCGAUGGAUUGGUUCUUCGGUGGAUUGCAGUUUCAGCUCGAGCAUCACUUGUUUCCUAGGUUGCCUAGGUGUCAAUUGAGGAACAUUUCUCCAAUGGUACAAGAACUAUGCAAGAAGCACAAUCUUCCUUACAGGAGCUUGUCCUUCUUCGAGGCGAAUAAAGUUACGUUACAGACGCUAAGGAGUGCUGCGAUGGAGGCUCGGGAUUUGGCGAACCCUGUUCCCAAGAAUUUGCUGUGGGAAGCUGUCAACACUCAUGGAUGAGGUUUUUUCUUUCUAGCAGAGUUACUGUAUGCGAAGAGUCUUUUAUCGACUUUCAAAUGCUCCCCCUUUUUUUCGUUUUUGUUAAGGUUCUUUUUUUUUUUCUUCUUCUUAAUGUAAUUUUGUCCCACUGGGAUUUGAACAGUUUUAUUUAAUUUUUCGGUAAUGAUGUUUA